GCCAAGGCACUUAUCACGCUUCAAUCUCCGGGGCCCAACAAGCCCUGUAAUCAGCUCGGAGCUUCGGGUUCCACUGGGUGCCGUUACAUGAGCUCCAGGCUGGACUCUGGAUCCUUUUAAAGGGAGAGAAAGUGCAGCCGAUCUUCGCAGGAAGGAAAGAAAAUGAACGUGCUUUGCUGAGCCUUCAGGGCUGCUCCGUGUCAGGUGCCUGUAAGCUUGGGCAUUGAUGUUCGAGCUUGUGACGGGUCCCAGGCUCAUUUAUGGGGUGGGAUCACCAACCCUUUUUGACUGACUCAGGCCUUUCUGCUUGUCACCCCCGGAGGGGUGGGGCAGCUGAAGGUUUUCCAUAGCGACUGCAGUGGGGAGAUCUGGACAAAGAGGGGCUGUGGCCCUGAAGAGCCAGGUGGGCUCAGUUCUGCCGUUACUGUGAGGACAGCUUCCUUCUUGGCCCUGUUGUUGCUGGGACUGGAAAGACACUCAACCAAAAUGUAAGCUCUUUUCAAAGAAAAUUUGUUGGCGAGGUGAAGAGGUGUGAAGAGCUGGAAAGAAUAUUGGUGUACCUGGUGCAGGAAAUUACCAGAGCUGAUAUUCCCCUGCCUGAGGGAGAAGCCAGUCCUCCUGCACCACCUCUUAAACAUGUUCUAGAAAUGCAGGAGCAGCUGCAGAAGCUCGAGGUGGAGCUGAGAGAAGUCACCAAGAACAAGGAGAAGCUGAGGAAGAACCUGCUGGAGCUGGUGGAGUACACCCACAUGCUGAGGAUCACGAAGACCUUCGUCAGGCGGAACGUGGAAUUUGAACCCACUUAUGAAGAGUUCCCCGCCUUAGAGAACGAUUCUCUGUUGGAUUACAGCUGCAUGCAGAGGCUGGGUGCCAAGCUGGGAUUCGUGUCUGGCCUGAUUCAGCAAGGCAAAGUGGAAGCAUUUGAAAGAAUGCUGUGGCGGGCCUGCAAAGGGUACACCAUCGUGACCUAUGCAGAGCUGGACGAGUCCCUGGAGGACCCCGAGACGGGUGAGGUCAUCAAGUGGCACGUGUUCCUGAUAUCCUUCUGGGGAGAGCAGAUCGGCCACAAGGUUAAGAAGAUCUGUGAUUGUUACCACUGCCACGUCUACCCGUAUCCAAACACGGCUGAGGAGCGCAGGGAGAUUCAGGAGGGGCUCAAUACUCGGAUCCAAGACCUUUACACUGUGCUGCACAAAACGGAGGAUUACCUGAGGCAGGUGCUGUGCAAGGCGGCCGAGUCAGUGUGCAGCCGGGUGGUGCAGGUGAGGAAGAUGAAGGCCAUCUACCACAUGCUCAACAUGUGCAGCGUCGACGUCACCAACAAGUGUCUCAUAGCGGAGGUCUGGUGCCCCGAGGCGGACCUGCCAGGCUUGCGCAGAGCGCUGGAGGAAGGCUCGAGAGAGAGUGGAGCUACAAUCCCCUCGUUCAUGAACACAAUCCCUACGAAAGAGACACCACCCACUCUGAUCCGCACCAACAAGUUCACUGAGGGCUUCCAGAACAUCGUGGACGCCUACGGUGUCGGGAGCUACCGAGAAGUGAACCCAGCUCUCUUCACCAUCAUCACCUUCCCGUUCCUGUUUGCUGUGAUGUUUGGUGACUUUGGGCACGGCUUUGUCAUGUUCCUGUUUGCCCUUUUACUGGUGUUAAAUGAGAAUCAUCCCAGACUCAGCCAGUCACAGGAGAUCCUGAGGAUGUUCUUCAACGGCCGCUAUAUCCUGCUGCUGAUGGGGCUGUUCUCCGUGUACACCGGCCUCAUCUACAACGAUUGCUUCUCCAAGUCUGUGAACCUCUUUGGCUCCGGGUGGAACGUGUCUGCCAUGUACAGCUCCAGCCACUCUCAGGAGGAGCAAAAGAGGAUGGUGCUUUGGAAUGACAGCACCAUCAGGCACAGCAGGACUUUGCAGCUGGACCCGAACAUCCCUGGAGUUUUUCGAGGCCCCUACCCUUUCGGCAUUGACCCUAUUUGGAACCUGGCCACAAAUCGCCUCACUUUCCUCAAUUCCUUCAAGAUGAAAAUGUCUGUUAUUUUAGGAAUUAUUCACAUGACUUUUGGUGUCAUUCUGGGAAUAUUUAACCACUUGCACUUUAGGAAGAAGUUUAACAUCUACCUGGUGUCCGUCCCUGAGAUCCUGUUCAUGCUGUCCAUCUUUGGGUACCUGAUCUUCAUGAUCAUCUACAAGUGGCUGGCGUACUCGGCAAAGACCUCUAGGGAGGCCCCCAGCAUCCUGAUCGAGUUCAUUAACAUGUUCCUGUUCCCGUCCAGUGAGACACACGGCCUCUACCCCGGGCAGGCGCAUGUCCAGAGAGUGUUGCUGGCCCUCACUGUGCUGGCCGUCCCUGUGCUCUUCUUAGGAAAGCCGCUCUUCCUGCUGUGGCUGCACAAUGGGCGCAGUUGCUUUGGUGUGAGCCGGAGCGGUUACACACUUGUAAGGAAGGACAGUGAAGAAGAGGUUUCUUUGCUGGGCAGCCAGGACAUAGAAGAGGGGAGCAACCGUAUGGAGGAAGGCUGCCGGGAAGUGACGUGUGAGGAGUUUAACUUUGGGGAGAUCCUGAUGACGCAGACCAUCCACUCCAUUGAGUACUGCCUUGGCUGCAUCUCCAACACCGCGUCCUACCUGAGGCUUUGGGCCCUCAGCCUGGCGCAUGCACAGCUGUCUGAUGUGCUGUGGGCCAUGCUGAUGCGUGUGGGCCUGCGUGUGGACACCACCUACGGGGUCUUGCUGCUGCUGCCUGUCAUGGCUUUCUUUGCAGUUUUGACUAUUUUUAUCCUUCUGGUCAUGGAAGGGCUUUCUGCAUUUCUCCACGCCAUACGCCUUCACUGGGUUGAAUUUCAGAACAAAUUCUACGUUGGUGCAGGCACCAAAUUUGUUCCUUUCUCCUUCAGUUUGCUCUCCUCCAAGUUCUGUAAUGACGAUGACAUUGCAUGAUCACAUGGCUGCAGCCGUCCGCUCUCAGGGCUAUGGAAAAUGAUCAUGUUACACAAUUCCCUCCAGUCAGAUUUCUGACGGGAAAAUUCCACCCUCGAUGAUUGCCUUACGACUCAGCCAAUGAUUCUGUGAGAUACACCUCUCCUUGUGUUGAAGAUUUUGUAAAGCUCACCACUUCGGACACAGAAAUUUCAUUGGUUUUUAUUAUGAGCAAAUGUAAGCUAUGCCAACAUUACAUUAAAGAUAUUUUUUUAAUAAGUGUACAAUUGGAGGAGAAAAGCCAGCUGAAUGGCUAGCUAAAAUUGUUUUUAGAUUCUUGAUUCCCUUUCAACUUUAAAAAAACACAGAGUUGUUCCAUCACGAGAAGACGUCAGAUACCAUAGUUUUCUUCAGACAUUCUGCUGGGCCAUCAGCAGAUCCCCGCACCCUGCUGGCUCAAGAAUGUGUGUCUGCCUGGAUGCUGUCAGAGCCACAGGAGGGACAGGGACAGCACAGCACAGCACAGCAGAUGGCUCUCCUGCUCGUUCUUACAAGAGCCCUGCCCCGUUACCUUUGUCAGCCCAGUCAUGACAGUUGAACGUUCGGAGCCUUAAAUCCCGGUGUGGCUGCAGAGAAGACAGGUGAAAGUAAUGUGUAUUUUUGUAGCAAAGAACAAAUGAAGCUAUUUUGCCACGGAGACCUUGCUUCUGCUGGGGACAGUGUAAUUUUUUACUUUCACAGUGAUUCUAAAUAAAGGUCUGAUGGCCACAGUUUAAUUUGUAAAAACUCUUGAGGUCAGUUGAGAACUAAUUCUCACCAAUCUGUUUAUUCGUCAUCUUGAGCAGAGAUCACCUGCUCCUGUGUCACUUAGCCCUGCAGAGCCCUGAUCCCUGUCAUAGGCUCAUAAAUUUGUUCAUUCUCACAUUUUACAUUAACUGGUUUUAGAUUAAGUAUUUCAGAAAAGAAGUCUGCGGCUGGGAUGUGGCUUGGUUGCCAGAUCCCCAGAAUCACCUUGUGUUCCUAGCACUCAGAGGGUGGAGGCAGGGGGGUUACCCUUGGCUGUGUGGUCAGCCUGAGGCCAGUCAAGGCUACAUGGCAUCCUAAAGAGAAAAGGGAACCUAACAUGUUUCUGCCCUCUUGAAAUUUUGACUCACAUGCUACUGCAGAGGUCCCGUUCAUCCCCCUGCCCCACCACUCUGUGAGGCCUGCUUGCUGAGACAGUGAACCGCCCGUGCCGCAGCUGGACUGUAAGUCACUCCUUUUUAGCUGCAGCGGAGCCUGCACUGGUGGGCAGUGAACUCCAGCAUCUGUGCCCUGUGUGCCAGCUUCCUGGCAGCUGUGAUGCCAAGCCUACUGCGGCUGGGAUGAGGUGCUGCUGCCCAGUGUUAAACCUACCCUUCCUCAGAUCCGUUGUCACUCCCACAAUGUCACUCUCGUUACUGGUCCCCCAGGGUCUCUGGUCCUCACAGAGAUAACUGAUUCCAGGGAUAAAGACAGGAGAUGCAGUUUUGGCCAUGUUCACUGUCCUUCUUGGCAGUUGUGAUGGGGCCACUUUUCAAGUAACUAGCAUCUCUUACUGGGGUGAGAGAGUGGCUUCUCAGCCGAGGUCUGUCAGAGUUAUACGGAGUGUAAUUACAUAAACAAAUUACUCUUUUUGUUUGUUUGUUUUUUUCGAGACAGGGUUCCUCUGUAGCUUUGGAGCCUGUCCUGGAACUAGCUCUUGUAGACCAGGCUGGCCUCGAACUCACAGAGAUCCGCCUGCCUCUGCCUCCCGAGUGCUGGGAUUAAAGGCGUGCGCCACCAUCGCCCGGCAAAUUACUCCUUUUGUGAACCCCCUGGAAACAUGAUUGAUGGCAUCAUACAGAGGGAAGCAAGCAACUGCCUGGGUGGUGUGAUGUUCGUCCUCCCUAUCACAGCAGAGCCAUGCCGUCUGUUCAGGUGUUCACUGCGUCACGUAGGCUUCCGAAGUUGGUGGAGAGGCCGGAUAUGGCCAGUAGAAGCAGGCAAAGGGGUUUGAGCACUUGGACUCUCUCACCAUGGGGCCUGGGACAGAUUCCGUUUCCCUCCAAGUCCUCUCCUGGCCUCAGCUCUAGAAUGGUCUGUAUGUUUCGAGAUGUUUAAUGCCACCUAUGCAGGCCUUGGACUUGUACCUCUCUUGCCUCGACUCUCAGCUAGCACUGCAGGUAGGCAGUGCUGGCCUUGACUGGGAGUAGCUGUACUGUACUGGCAUUCAGGCCCAGUGCUCUGGCAUAGGCCGUAGACUAUCUGUUGAUAACUUACGGGGUUGGCGAAUCAAGCUGUGAUUUAGAGUUUGACCCAUUUGGGAAAUAAAAACCCAAAAAAAGCUUCAGCCGUUUAUUUCUCUACUGAAGUUUUUAAUCUGGGGUUGCUCGCAUGCCGUACUCUCCAGGCAGACCUUAAGAACUGUCCUGAUGCUUUAAGUCGGGAGUUUGGAGUGAUGUCUGUUCCACCCCAGGACUGCAGCUGCCCGGCUCUGCUCGGACACCACAAAAUCCACAGGAACUACGGGAGCCAGUCAGGACUGCGUCCUGCAGACUCAUGAAGGACUAAUCUCCUGUCAGUAUGGAACUUCCUUUUGCUAGUGACAAAUAAAAAUAUAUUUUUGA